CCUCACUUGAUAGGUAUUGUUUUACUAGUUCUUGACUGUCAGGAAAUGUUUGGACAACAUUUCUUGAUUAUCAAGUAGUAUCACUCUACCAUAAAGGUAUUAUCAAGGUCUAGUCAUCUUGCAGCUCCUUAAACCCCCAGCCAAUAGAUGAUGGGAAAUACACACACCAGCGAACAUCUGUCCAAGGAGAAACAAAACACACCAACACAUGCAAGAUUUGACAGAAGAAGAAUGAUUUCAAACACCUGUUCCUUCAAAAGCAACUAUUCUACUGUCUUUAGUGAAAUUAUGUUAGCAGGUCAUAUGAUGGCACACUGAUGGAAGGUUUCUGUGAUUAACUUUAACUUUAUCAUUAAAUGCAUUUGAUAUUGUGAAAUUGAUGACAGGAUUUAUAUCAAUGUACUUGUGACCAUAAAAACUGAAGAUAUUUGUUAAUUAAUUUCGGAUUAAAUGAUGAAAAACGAUGUUUGAUUAUUCAACAAAUAAAGACAAACAUAGUUUAAGUUUUAGUUUCAGUUCUUUUGUUUGAAAUGCUUGAGUGGUUUGAACAAGAUUCCUUGAAAAUUGACUCAGUUUGACUGGAAGGCUCCACCUUCCUAAACAAUCAGGUGAUGCCCUAUCUUUCAAAAACAAAGGAUAAAAGAAAGAAAUGAAAAAUAUUCAGCACCAAACGAACAUUAAGACCUGGAGAGGUCAGGAAAUCAGGUUUUGAAGGAUUUUAGAGUUCUGCAUAAGCUUUGGAAGAGUUUUUAUCCGUGAGAUCAGGGAUGACCAAGUUGGCUGUGUUGUGUUUCCUGCUUCUGCAGACUGGAGUUGAAGGAUUUAAAAUAUCAAAUUUUGUUCUUAAUUUUUUUAACGGAGGCUCAUUAACUCAUGAAGUGAUCACAGAGAGAGCAAUCCUAAAUGUCACUCUACAGGUGUGCCGUGCACUGGCUUUGUCUGAGGGAAAGACCUUCUCUUUUCCUCCACAACCUUUCUCUGCUGGGGCUGUAGCAGCUGCAUGUGACGCAUCAAAAUCAACCAAAAGUUUCAUCGACACCAUUCAGAGGAUCCAGAAAAGCAACCACCAAGUAGACAAGGAUUAUGUGCUGAGUCCAAGACAUCACUGCGAUGAUGAAAACAUAACAGAAGGACACUUUCUCAUUACACGUGGUUUAACAGCUGUGAAGGCUUCCAAUAAGCAACAAAACUCUGUUUUAGCGACAUCAAUUCUGGGAGAGAUACUCCAUACCUUACAGGAUUUCUACAGUCACACUAACUGGGUGGAAAUAGGCAACACAUUCCCAAACGCCAAUCUGAUCAAAGAAAAUGCCGAUUUUGGAAAAAUAGCAGCCAAAACAAGAGCAACUUGCCGCAACUGUGCUGGAGAGGACUGCAGAAACAAUAUUUUGGAGGACAUCUUAAAGGAACAAAUCCUUACUUCGGGAUAUUUUUCACUUUAUCCAUUCUCUACAAAACCAAAAGGAAAAUGCAGCCAUGGAGGGUUUUGGGAUAGAACAAAAGGAAUUGAACCUACAGGUGGAAUCAACAAAGAUUCAUUUGACUCUGAACACGGACAUCUUCACAGCCAAGCAGCAAAUAUGGCGAUAGCAGCAACCAGUGAGCUGCUGGACGACGUUCGCAGUGCUGCUGGAGACAAAGGAUUCUUACAGAUGAUGGGACUGUUCAAAGGGAGAGCCCUUUGUUUUUGCGUGGACACGACAGGAAGCAUGGGGGAUGACAUUGAAGCAGUGAGGACUGUAACAUCAUCGAUUAUUGACAGGAAAGUGGGAACAGAAGACGAACCCUCAAUUUACAUUCUCGUUCCCUUCAAUGAUCCAGAAUUUGGGCCUCUGCUUCAGACAACAGACCCAGAUGUUUUCAAGAGUUACAUCAACUCACUAACACCAAGUGGAGGUGGAGAUGCUCCAGAAAUGAGUCUUUCUGGACUUCAGCUGGCUUUAACUGGUGCGCCUCCCAAUUCGGAGAUCUUCGUUUUCACGGAUGCAGCAGCUAAAGAUGACUACCUGAAAAACACAGUGCUAGCACUCAUAGAGCAGACGAAGUCUAGGGUGAACUUCAUGAUAACUGAUGUAUUUGGCUUUCGCCGUCGAAGACAAGCAGACAACAACCAACAACAACAAGGUGUUCGGAUGUCGAGAGCAGGUGGUCAGCUGUACAGAGACCUGGCUCAGGCUUCAGGAGGUCAGGCUGUUGAAGUCACAAAAGGUCAGCUGCUGGAGGCCAUCAACAUCCUAACUGAAUCCACCAGCUCCUCUCUGGUGAGCCUUCUGCAAGCAUCCAGGAAUCUUGGAAAAUCAGAAAAUUUCACUUUUGUAGUUGAUGACACAAUAAAAAACUUGACCAUUUACAUCACAGGAACUUCUGUAGAUUUUAGUCUCAUUAGUCCUUCAGGGGUGAUUCAAAAUAUUGCCAACACAACUGGAUCUUCAAUCAUUUCAUCCCAGUCAGUCGGAAACCUUCAGACUGUGCAGCUGCAAACAGAAGGAGGAUUGUGGGAACUACAAAUGUUGUCAACCAAUCCCUACAGUGUGAAAGUUGUAGGUGAGAGUCCCAUUGACUUUCUUUUCAAAUUUAUUAAGGAGUCAGACAGCCCAUUUGGAGGGUUUGAUGUGAUUGACAAUCGCCCCACAGCUGGAGGAAAUACCAGUCUGCUGGUGACACUGAUUGGAAGCGAUGUCGCCACAGUGUCAGAGGUCGCACUGGUUGAAUCGUCGGGUUCAGGUCAGGUUAACGGCACCGUAGAGGCCCAGGGUGGAGGAACAUUUAUCAUCCACUUCGACAGGAUCCCAUCGGUUGAGUUUGUUGUGCUUGUGAAGGGCCAGAACAACGACGGCGUUUCCAGAGCUUCUUCAGGGAUCUUCCAAAGACAGUCGGCCACCAGCCUGAGAGCCUCUGUUCUCACUGUCACUGUUAAUGACUUGGACACGGUGUUGGAGCCAGGAACACCUCGAUCUGUUUCUUUCUCUGUGAUGACAACCGGUGAAGGAGGAAGCUUCACCAUUCAAGCCACCAAUGACCAACGCUUUGCUGCAUCUUUUCCAUCCAGUUUACUGCUGGAUCCUGGAGUUAGUGCUAAUGGCACAGUAAACAUCACAGCUCCUGCCGGCACUCCAUCUGGUACUGGUGUCACCUUGACCAUUGAGGCCGUGGCUCCUGGAGGUGUAGACACCAACUAUGAUGUCCUGCGUCUAACCGUCCUUUCAAAAGUGACUGAUUUCACUCCACCAGUGUGCCAGCUGCUCAGCCUGCAGUCCAACUGCUCUGACAACUGCAGCCAGUCAACAUGGGAGGUCUCUGUCCAGGUCACUGACGCAGCGAAUGGGACGGGUGUGGACAGCGUCAGUUCCAGAGAAGGCAGCGGCACGAUGAACACCAGCACAGCAGCUGAUAAUACAACUCUAGUGUCUUAUGUGGCUUCCUGCUGCUCACCUGAUGUGCAGCUGGUGGCUGUGGAUAAAGUAGGCAAUGUGAAAAUCUGUAGUUACUCUGUUCGCGCAAAUGUCACUGAAGCUGUUACAACCAGCCCUGUAACAACGAGCAACGUAACAUCCAGCCCUGUAACAACGAGCAACGUAACAACCAGCCCUGUAACAACGAGCAACGUAACAACCAGCCCUGUAACAACGAGCAACGUAACAACCAGCCCUGUAACCAUGAGCAACGUAACAACCAGCCCUGUAACAACGAGCAACGUAACAACGAGCAACAUAACAACCAGCCCUGUAACAACGAGCAAAGUAACAACGAGCAAAGUAACAACGAGCAAAGUAACAACAGCUGUCACUGCUUCCUCUACAAGAGCUGAUUUCUCCGUGUCUCUUUGCUUUGGUUUCUCAGUCCUGAGCUUCUUGCUACAGUCUCUGAAACUGUGAUCCUAAAUUUUACAAAACAGAUUACUGGUGAUGGAAAUCUGGUAAAUAUUAUGUUCAUCCCGGUGGUAGGUUUCAUAUCUAAUCCUAAUCCAUAUAUAAUCAAAUAUUUAGACACUUUUUGAAGCUAAAUUCAAUUUAAGCGCCGUAGUUGCAUUAUAGAGUUUUAAGAGGAGUUUGCUAUUUUCUUUUGUUGAAGGUUUAGCUCUAUAAGCAAAGUUUGGUGACAAAUGAGUAUCUUUGAAAUCAAUUGUUCUAAUCUUUAUGUAUUCUUCAUUAAUUAUCCUAUAAAAUCAAGUUUUAAGAAAGCAUGUAAUCCCUGACAAUAAUUAAAAUAUGAAAACCAA